AUGGCCGUUGGCAAGAUUUUUCCUUGAUGUUGUUGAAAACGAGUGAAGACACAGAAGUCACCCCACGACACAGUCGCCUGUCCCAAACACGCUCACGGUCCAUCGUUUCUCCCGUAAGCAAACAUAACAAACAAACAAAAUCCCCCAAUUUCCAUCCAAAAUCUUGAUCGAUCAAAAACUCGCUCCGAUUAAAAUCCUCCCUCGCCCCUCUCUUCUUCUCGGAAUCUCAAAUCUCAACCUUCCGAACCCGAUCCGAUCCAAAUUGCUGCGAUGGUUCCACCGGCCGGUCCGAGCCCACCGAACCCCGAACUGAUCCAGCAGUUCCUGAGCUCCGUCCUCUCCCAACGUGGCCCCUCCGCCCUCCCUUACUCCGAGGACACCAAGUGGCUCAUCCGCACCCACCUCGUCUCUCUCACCUCCGCCUACCCUUCCCUCGAGCCCAAAACCGCGACGUUCACCCACAACGACGGUCGCUCCGUCAACCUCCUUCAGGCUUACGGCACCAUCCCCAUGACGUUUCAGGGCGUCACCUACAACAUCCCUGUCAUCAUCUGGCUCAUGGAGUCCUACCCUCGCCACCCGCCUUGCGUCUACGUCAACCCCACGCGCGACAUGGUUAUCAAGCGCCCUCACGCCCACGUCAACCCUUCUGGUUCCGUCUCCAUCCCCUACUUGCAGAACUGGGUCUACCCUAGCUCCAACCUCGUCGAGCUCGUUAAGAAUCUCAGCGCCGUUUUCGGUCUGGACCCGCCGCUCUUCUCCCAGCGCAGGCCCAAUCCCAAUCCAAACCCUAACCCUAAUCCUAACCUUGGUCAUUCCUCGUCCGCUGUGUCGAAUUCAGGAUAUUCGAGCUACCCGGCAUAUUCGGGCUCAUCGGGAUCGGCUAGUCCUGCCCGUCCUGCAAUUCCUCCGAGGACGUACCCGCCGUCACCCUAUGGAAGUAGUGGAUCAUUUUCUCGUGUUCAGACUGAUGAUCCGAAUGAGGUUUUCAAGAGGAAUGCGAUCAAUAAGCUUGUGGAGAUGGUGCACGGCGACAUGGCAGGGUUGAGGAAGACGAGGGAGGCGGAAAUUGAAGGCUUGUUCAAUGCACAGGCGGUGCUGCGGCAGCGAUCGGAGCAGCUCAACAAAGGGUUGAAAGAGAUGGUGGAUGAGAAGGAGGGUUUGGAGCAGCAGUUGCAGAUGGUGCUGAUGAAUUUGGAUGUUUUGGAGGCCUGGUUGAGAGAGAAUGAGGGGAAGACCAGAGGGAGGCUGGACGGUGAUGUGGACGAUGCUUUCGAAUGCAUUGACCCGCUUUCGAAGCAGAUGUUGGAUUGUACAGCCUCUGAUUUGGCGAUUGAAGAUGUUGUGUAUUCUUUGGAUAAGGCAUUGCAGGAUGGGUCAAUAGCCUUUGAUGAGUACUUGAAGAAUGUGAGGUCAUUGUCCCGCAAGCAGUUCUAUCAUCGUGCUACAGCUGCUAAAGUCAGGGCAGUACAAAUGCAAUCGCAGGUUGCGAAUAUGGCUUCCCGACUUUCACAUUAUGUUUCAUCUUAGUAGAAAUGGUAUAGUCUCAUGUUGUAUUCUUGUGGAAAUAUGUCAAUGCUUUCUUGUUCUUCUUCUUUCUUUUCCAAAUUUUUUUUUUCCCAAUGUUUCUUUAGGGCUGGUUUCUGUGGGAAAUAUGUUGUUGUUCAAUAACUAAUAUAUUGAAACUCAGUUUUGGUCUAGAUUUGUAUAUGAAUAUCAGAUAUAAUCAUUUCUCUUGAA